GCCAAGCAUCUGACUAGACUUCCUGGUAUAUAACAUGGUGUCUGGCACUCUAUUACAUGGGGAGCUGUGUCUGUCGGGUAUGCGGGGGAACUAGAAGUCCCAGCAUGACCCGGGGCCGUCUCUGAUACAAGCAGGUGCAUUACGUACUGAACUACAUCUCCCGUCAUGCGUCACGCUCAGGCCAGGACCCGCCACGCCUUCAUACGUCACUCGCCGUGCGCCGCUACGCUCCCUGCCAUGAGCUGUCAAUUAGCAGGGGGGCGGGGCCUGCUGUAGCCGGCGUCUCCUAGCAACGGGACCCAAACAGCGGUGGCGGCUGCAGGAGACAGAGAGAGAGAGCGAUCGGUACUGCCCCAUAGGCACCAUGAGCUUGGUCUCAGAAGGCGAGGAAACGGCCAACACUGGCCCAUCACUGGACUCUGAGGACCAACAGGAGAGGAUUGUGGCCCGGAGGCUCCGUAUCGCUGCCAGGAUAGAAGCCAAAAGAUGGGAGGCGCAUGGUGAGCACCCCGACUCUACAAAGAGUCAGACAGAGGGUCCCCGCAGGAGUCACAAACAGAUCGAGGACAGCAGACAGAGGCUCAGCAAGCUGGUGAGUGAUGGCACCCAGCUGGUGACAAACAUCCAGGUGGCGUCAGGCGCCCGGGAGACUCAGCGCAGAUCGGAGGAGGAGGAACUGAGGAGGCUGAGGGUGGAGAAGGUCAACAACGAAGCCAAAAGCAGUUUUGAGAAGUUUGAGGACAUCACCAGGAAAUGGCUGCUGGGCCCGGAAAAGAGGAUUCCGCAGGAGUUGUGGGCCGUGCUGGACUCGCAACAACAACAGUGUGCGCAGCUGAUAGAGGACAAGAACAAGCUGAUAGGGGAGCUGAAUCAGGAACUGAAGAGAAAAGACGACCAGUACGUGAAGGAUCUAAAGAAGCAGGGCGAGGACAUAGAUCUGCUGAUUGAGAGGAUGGAGGAGCAGGUCCGGAACCUCAUCAAGACGUACAGGGAGGAGCUCCUGCAGAUCGAGAAAUCCUUUGAGCUGGAGAGAAGAGAACUGCUGGAUCAGAACCGGAAAAAGUGGGAGCAGAGUAUGCAAGCUCGCCGCGACAAGGAGCUGGAGAGCCUCAUGAACCGGAUAAAGAAAGUGGAGGAGUACGAGCAGCAGCUGAGCCAGCUCCGGGUGCAGGACGGGGAGGAGUACAACGUCAUCAAGAUAAAGCUGGAGACCGAUGUGCAGACCCUCCAGCAGCAGCUGCAGCAGAUGAAGGCCACGUACCAGCUCAACCAGGAGAAGCUGGAGUAUAACUUCCAGGUGCUGAAGAAGAGGGAUGAGGAGAACACGGUUACCAAGUCCCAGCAGAAGAGACGGAUCACACGGUUGCACGAUGUUCUGAAUAACCUCCGGAUGAAGCUGGAGAAGCAGGUGAAGCAGUAUAAGGAAGAGAACCAGGCCCUGACAGACGACUUCAACAGGAUAAUGAAACAAUACAAGGAGAUUCAGAAGAAACAGAGACAUUUCAGUGCUGUGGAAGCAAAGAAGUUCCAUGACAUCUGGGUGAUGAACGAGGAGGAGAUGAAGCAGCUGGUGCAGCAAUCGCUGGAGGUAGACCGGAUUAUACACGAGCAGCAGCUCGGCCUUCCCUGGAAGGCUCCAGACCUGUGGUUCAUGGACAACGUUGGCCCAUUGGAGGUCCAGCCCAAGAAGCAGAAGACAGCCAGCACACUGGCACAGGAAGUGAUGGCGGUCACUGCCGGCAGCGUGCCAGUGAGAUCCGCAGAAGAGGCGAGCGUGACUCCACCAUCUCCGCCAUUCUCUCCGCAGACCGUGAAACAGAUCCUGGAACUUCUGUGUGAUGAGUCUGGUUUCCUGAUAGAGAGUAAAUUAGUCCAGUUACUGUCCCCGCUGGAUAAAGAUGAGCGCUCCCUGAUGAAGUUGGACUCCAUAUUUGGGGCUCUCCGGAUAGAGGUGGAAGAUGAUGUGUACAAACUUGUGAACUUCUUCCUAAAGUACAAACAACAAGACAAAUCUCCACAGGAUGGAGAAGUAGAUACUCAGGACUCCGUCAGUACUUCCACUACAGAUGAGACUCGUCCCUCUACAUCCCACAUAACUGACCUCAUUCACCCCAACGAUGUCCUACGAGCACUGAGGGCUUUCGCCAUGGAAUUCCACAGGCCAAGGGAGAGUCACAUGAGACAGCCCUGGUCAGAGGAGCGUGACAGCAGUGAGGACUCUGCCUACUGGAGCACAGCGGCACACGUCAUCCCUGAGUCCCGGCUGAAGGUCUGGGACGCCCUGGAAUCUGCUCUGGAGAAGUACUUUGACGUCCUGACCAGUCGCUCCCAGCUGAUCACCGAGACGUCAGCCCUGAGACAGCAGAACACGGAGCUGAGAAUGUUGUUACAUCAGUACCUCACCUCCAGGAUAAACACAGAGCUGGAGAUUCCGCCCACACAGAUCCUGCAGGUGAACUUCGUCCAGACCUGAUGUUACGACGCUGAGGAGGAAGUAGUUCAUUCCUAGCGGUCACAGUCUUGUCUCUUGGGCAUUGCAUAGAGCGUCCCCCUAUUUCUUUACUCACCAUUUCCUAUCAGACACAUCCAAUAAAAGUGCUGAAUAAC